UGCCCCCGCUGCCCCUGCUGCCCCUGCUCCUGCUGGGCCUCGGUGGCAGCGUCCCCGGGGCAGCUGCGGUGGCUGGGCUCGGAUUGCCCGAGAGCGUCAUCUGGGCCAUCAACGCGGGCGGCGAGGCGCAUGUGGACGUGCACGGGAUCCACUUCCGCAAGGACCCUCUGGAGGGCCGGGUGGGCCGAGCAUCAGACUAUGGGAUGAAACUGCCCAUCCUUCGUGCCAACCCCGAAGACCAGAUCCUGUAUCAGACGGAGCGCUACAAUGAGGAGACCUUUGGCUACGAGGUGCCCAUCAAAGAGGAGGGCGAUUAUGUGCUGGUGUUGAAGUUUGCUGAGGUCUAUUUUGCACAAUCCCAGCAGAAGGUAUUUGAUGUUCGCUUAAAUGGUCACGUGGUCGUGAAGGACCUGGACAUCUUUGACCGGGUUGGUCACAGCACAGCUCAUGAUGAAAUCAUCCCCAUCAGCAUCAAGAAGGGAAAACUGAGUGUUCAGGGGGAAGUGUCCACCUUCACCGGGAAGCUACACAUUGAGUUUGUCAAGGGGUACUAUGACAAUCCCAAAGUCUGUGCACUAUAUAUCAUGGCCGGGACCAUAGAUGAGGUGCCAAAGCUGCAGCCUCACCCAGGCCUGGAGAAAAAGGAGGAGGAGGAAGAGGAAGAAGAGUAUGAAGAAGGCUCCAACAUCAAAAGGCAGUCCAAUAAGAACCGGGUCCAGUCGGGCCCCCGAACUCCCAACCCCUACGCCUCGGACAACAGCAGCCUCAUGUUCCCCAUCCUGGUGGCCUUUGGUGUCUUCAUUCCGACCCUCUUCUGCCUCUGUCGGUUGUGAGAACACGGGGCCAUCCUGAGGGUCAGGGACAAGGGAGUAGGAACGAGACCAGACAUGGUUGGUUUUGGUUUCUUCAUGUUUUUCACAAUUUAUUAACAAAAAUUUUUAAAGAGGCAGAAUGAGGAGAGAGCGGACCUUCCCAGCCCAGCUCAGUGGUGGCCUCAUUUCACUCCCCUCGCUUUCUUCAUGGCUGGCAUCCAGUGGCUGCCUUCCUCUCCAGGGUACUUGGGGUGAAAUCAGACCCUUCCUGUGUAAGGAGCUAGGAGGCUGAUCUCUGGGGACGCUGAUCUGUGUCCCUUGGGGAAAGGGCUUGGGCCCAGAGCACAAAAACUCUUGUUCCCUUUUAAGAUGGAAUCUUGGGAGAACCAGGGAUAGGAAAUGGAUUACGUGAGAGAAGCCCUCCUUGGGAACGAGGCCUGGAUGUCCAGGGAGCUUUGACAUAGGAUCCUGGGCGGGAGAACAGGUCCCCAUCUAACUGUGUUGUAGAAAGGGGGGAAGUCUGAUGGAAGCCUUGUUGGCUGUUCUCCAAAUGAAAGUUCUGUCUUAAAA